AUGGUGGUAUCUGAAUCAGGGGAAACUAUGGGGUCUGACCACCAGGUUCUGUCAUUGAGGAUAGGAGAAGUGCCUGAUCGGGUUCCAGAGGCAAAGGGUACCAGGAAAUUUAAAAUGGAGAAAUUGGAUCAAGCUAAAUUUCUGAAAUGGUUGCUAGAGAAGGAAGUGUGGGUAACUGAUGUUGCGAGAAGUGGCAUUGGGGUAGAACAGAAAUGUAUACAAAUAACUAGUAUGCUGCAGGAAGGGAUAGUGGAGUGUAUGGUAGAUGGGAGGAAGGGAAAAAAGAACAGAUUAGAGAAAAAAGGGAUUCAAAGGGAAAUUAUGUACAAGAGGGGUAAAAGAAAUGUGUGGUGGGAUGGGGAGUGUGAAAGAUUAAAGGGAGAGAGGAAGAAAGCUGUGAAUAAUAUGCUAAAGAAGCCAUGUUUAGAAAAUUGGAAUAGAAUGUUAGAGGCAAGGAAGGAAAUGGAUAGGGGUAAGUGUAGGUACACUUUGGAAAAGAGUCAAAGCAAUAAUGAAGGGAACGAGAAGAAAAAUGAAAGUGUUUUGAGUAAAGAAGAAAAAAUUAGGUUAGAAAGGGAAGAGGCGGAAAAGAUUGUUGGGUUAUGUGGGGUGAGUGGAAAUGAAGAAGUGAUGGGAACGAUAGAGGAUAGUUUAAGGGUGGAGAGGGAAGUAGAUUGGGCAAAUAGAGAUAGGAAUGGCGACAGGUAUGAUAGUGAAUUUGAUAUAGAUGAAUUGGAAAGAGUACUGAGAUUGCUUAAGAAUAAAUCUGCACCAGGAGAGGACGGUAUAGACUUCUCAGUUAUUAAAAAAUUGACGAAGGGAUGGAAAGAAGGGUUAAUUAAAUUAUAUAACGAGGUUUGGGUUAAGGGGGAGGUGCCGGCGAUGUGGAAAAAAACAAGGGUAAGACUGAUCCCGAAACCAAAGAAAAAAGCUUUAAGACCUAUUUCAUUAUUAAAUUGUUUAGGAAAGGUUAUGAAGAGAAUGGUUAAUGAGAGAGUAAGGUUAUGGGCAGAGUCGGAGGAAAAGCUGGACAGGAACCAGAAUGGUUUUAGGAAGAGGAGGGCUACGAUAGAUAAUAUCAAUAUACUUAUGUGUAAUAUAAGGGAAGGACUUGAUAAAGGAAAGGAAACGGUGGCUGCUUUCAUAGAUGUUAAGGCUGCCUAUGAUUCGAAAGGAUGCGUGUGUAUGUUAAUAAGUGGUUACAAGAGAGGAGAGAUAGUAAUAAUGCAAAGUGAGGCGGAAGGUAGGGUAUUUACUUUGAAAAGAGGCUUACCUCAGGGAUCUGUAUUAAGUCCUUUACUAUAUAAUCUGUACACCACAGGAAUAGUGGAAGGGAUUAGAGAACUAGGUGCAAAGAUAUUACAAUAUGCAGACGACAUAGUAGUUUAUGUGAUAUAUGAAAAUAGAAAGGAAGGUUUGAAGAAAUUGGAGGAAGCAGUGAGGAGAUUGUGUAGUAAUUUGGGAAAGCGAGGGUUGAAAAUUGCAGAAGAGAAGACACAAGUAGUUACAUUUAUAGGUAAUAAGAGGGGUGUUAGUUGCAGGAAGGAAGAUAUCAUGAUUAAUGGAGUGUCGGUGAAGGAGUGUGAAUGCGCAAAAUUUCUAGGAAUAAUUCUUGAUAGGAAAAUGUUGUUUAGGGAACACACUGAGAAAGGGGCUUGCCCCUCUGUGAUGCUAAAGAUCUUUAAAGCGCUUAUGAGGUCUGUGAUAAAGUAUGGAGGAAAUUUGUACCUGACUUAUAAAAAAAAUAGGGAUAGGAUACAAAAGUUGCAUAAUGCUGGGAUUAGGGCUGCGUUAGGCUACAGAAUAUCAACUCCAAUAAAUGUUAUGGAGGUUGAGGCAGGAAUAAUGAGAUUGGAUAUGCGAAUAGAAAUGUUAACGGAAAGAUAUGUGGUGAAAAAGUAUUACAGAAUGGAUAAGGAAGUGUGUAAAGCAAUAGAAGGAAUGGUUAGAUAUAGAGAUAUAGGGGAGAGUAGUGGGGAUAAUGAAAUCUUGGCGUUGGCAUGGAGGAACACCAUAGAGAUAAGGGAUAAAGUUGAGAAGAGAUAUGUGUAUGAGAGAAGUGAAUUGUGUAAUGUUAAAGUAGAAAAUUGGGUAGAGGUAGAGAAAGGAGUAGCACUGCAGUGA